AUGACGUGCAGGUUUCGGGCGAAUGUAGCUUUGGACGUCCAGGUCGGAGGCCAUUGUCUGGAACAUGGAGGCGGAGAGGGCGUGUGUAUGGAAGUUUUUCUGGUUGGCGUCAUCAGAGGUGACGACCUUCUCGUCGUUGGAUUUGAGAGACGGGGCAGUGGCGGCCAUUGGCAUUAUCGGGCAUCGGCCGGCUGCGAGUGGCGAAUGACACGGUGGCUGCGGCGGCGUUCUGUGGAGUGGGCACCUCACGCACCCGGCACAAACACAUACAGUCCCUGCCUCUCGCCGCCGUCGGCGCCUUCCUCCACCUUUGAUCGACAGUUUGUCUGCUCCUGCUGGUCACCCACCAUCUGCUCGAUCGACGGAUUUUUCAUCAGGAAUCUGUUGGCGCCUUCCUCGGGAAUCUGCCGGAGUCAAAAUCCCGACACCAAGACAUGGCAAUCUGGCGGAAUAAUAGACUUGGAUGCGGCGUGGGAGAGCGGAGGGACUUCAUCUCCGAAGGAACCGGACGACUAG